CCUCAAUCCGGAUAACGAGGCACAAGACAGUUUGAAAUCGACAACAGCACAGAAGAAUACAAUCCAAUUGUUUUUAUUGUUAUAUGAUGCGCUCAGGAUGAAGACGUGAGGGCGCGCUGGAAACGCUGCACUGUCAAUACGCGGGCUCUCUAAUGAACAUGUUAAUGUAUGGAGAUAUACCUUUUUAAACUUAGCAGAAAUGUGGCCUGCUCGUGUUCUUGUCUUCUUCUUCCUCGUCUUCAUCAUCGUGAUUGUUCAGAGGAGCGCCGCGCAGUCAGUUUGUCCUGGCACUGAUAACAAGCUCAGUACACUGUCUGAUCUGGAUCAGCAGUACAGAACUCUUCGCAAGUUCUACGAGAACUGUGAGGUGGUCAUGGGAAAUCUGGAGAUCACCAGUAUCGAACGGAACCGCAACCUGUCUUUCCUCAAGUCUAUCCGGGAGGUGACAGGUUACGUGUUGGUGGCUCUGAAUCAGUUUGACUAUCUUCCACUGGAAAACCUGCGGAUCAUCCGCGGCACUAAACUGUAUGAGGGACGUUACGCGCUGGCCAUCUUUCUCAACUACAGACGAGACGGCUAUUUUGGUCUUAGACAACUUGGACUCAAGAACUUGACAGAAAUCCUGAAUGGGGGAGUAUAUGUGGAUCAGAACAAAUUCUUGUGCCAUGCUGAUACCAUCCACUGGCAAGACAUCAUCAAGAACCCCCGUUCUGAACUUCUGGUUGUACCCUCUAACAAUAGUGGUAACACAUGCAGAAGGUGUCACCGUUCCUGUAAUGGCCGCUGUUGGGGACCACAGGAAGAUCAGUGCCAAAGCUUGACAAAGACGGUUUGUGCAGAGCAGUGUGAUGGUCGUUGUUUUGGUCCAUAUGUCAGUAACUGCUGCCAUCGUGAAUGUGCAGGAGGCUGUUUUGGACCUAAAGACACAGACUGCUUCGCUUGUACAAACUUUAAUGACAGCGGGGCAUGUGUGACACAGUGUCCACAGCCGUUUGUCUACAAUCCAACAACCUUCCAGCUCGAGCACAACCACAAAGCCAAAUACACCUAUGGAGCUUUCUGUGUCAAGAAAUGCCCACAUAACUUUGUGGUGGAUCACAGCUCUUGUGUCAGAGCCUGUCCGAGUAACAAGAUGGAAGUGGAGGAGAAUCACAUCAAAAUGUGCAUCCCUUGCACUGACAUCUGUCCGAAAAUGUGUGAUGGUAUAGGUACUGGCAGUCUUCAGACAGCUCAAACUGUAGAUUCCAGCAACAUUGAGAAGUUUGUCAAUUGCACCAAGAUUAACGGCAACCUCAUCUUCCUCAUCACAGGCAUCAAAGGAGACAUGUAUCAUGGCAUCGGAGCUCUGGAUCCUGACCGACUAAAUGUAUUCCGCACAGUCAGAGAGAUAACAGGUUACGUGAACAUCCAGUCUUGGCCAGAGAACAUGACGGAUCUUGGUAUCUUUUCCAACCUUGUCACCAUUGGAGGAAGAACGCUUUAUAGUGGUAUUUCUCUGCUGAUCCUGAAACAGCGCUGGAUCUCUUCACUGCAGUUCCAGUCUUUGAGAGAGAUCAGCGCAGGUAACGUCUACAUCACCAACAACAGUCAGCUCUGCUUCUACAAUACAGUGAACUGGACAGGCCUGUUUCGCACAAGCACCCAGAGAGCGCUCAUCAAAAACAACAGAGACCCCAGAGAGUGUACCCAGCAAAGGAUGGUGUGUGAUCCGCUAUGUUCAGAGGCAGGAUGUUGGGGUCCUGGUCCAAACCAGUGUCUGUCUUGUAAAUACUUUAGCCGAGGAAGGACAUGUGUCAAGUCCUGUAAUCUUUUUUAUGGAGAUAUUCGAGAAUUUGCCAAUGGUUCUGUGUGUGUGGAGUGUGACAGUCAGUGUGAAAAGACAGAAGAUAAUACUCUAACCUGCCAUGGCUCUGGUCCAGAACACUGUACGAAGUGUCUGCAUCUCAAAGAUGGGCCCAACUGUGUGGAGAAAUGCCCUGAUGGUCUUCAGGGAGCAAGCAGCUUCAUCUUCAAAUAUGCUGAGACCAACAACGAGUGCCAUCCCUGCCACCCCAACUGCACCCAGGGGUGUACUGGACCUCGGAUCCAAGAUUGUAUCGGGAUGCUGGACAGGACUCCUCUGAUUGCAGCUGGGGUGAUUGGGGGAAUGUUCGUGGCCGUAAUCGUGGCACUUGGAUUUGCUAUUUUUUUCCGCCGCAAGAGCAUCAAGAAGAAAAGAGCUUUACGCCGUUUCCUAGAAACAGAGUUGGUGGAGCCAUUAACGCCAAGUGGUACAGCACCCAACCAGGCUCAACUGCAUAUUUUGAAGGAAACUGAGCUUAAGAGGGUCAAGAUUCUGGGAACUGGAGCGUUUGGGACUGUUUACAAGGGAAUCUGGGUUCCAGAAGGGGAAACUGUGAAGAUUCCAGUGGCCAUAAAGAUACUCAAUGAAAGCACAGGACAAAAAGCCAAUGUGGAGUUUAUGGAUGAGGCGCUGAUCAUGGCCAGCGUGGAGCAUCCUCAUCUAGUGCGUCUGUUGGGGGUCUGUUUGAGUCCCACUAUCCAGCUGGUCACUCAGCUCAUGCCCCAUGGCUGUCUGCUGGACUAUGUACAUGAGCACCAGGAGAACAUUGGCUCCCAAUUACUGCUCAACUGGUGUGUGCAGAUCGCAAAGGGUAUGAUGUAUCUGGAGGAGAGGCGAUUGGUGCACAGAGAUCUGGCUGCCCGUAACGUCCUGGUGAAAUCUCCAAACCACAUUAAAAUCACUGACUUUGGUCUUGCUCGAUUGCUGGAUACCGGUGAAAAGGAGUACAGUGCAGAUGGAGGCAAGAUGCCCAUCAAGUGGAUGGCCUUGGAGUGUAUUCACUACAGGAAGUUCACACACCAGAGUGAUAUAUGGAGCUAUGGGGUGACUAUCUGGGAAUUAAUAACAUUUGGAGGAAAACCUUACGAUGGAAUUCCCACACGUGAGAUUCCAGACAUCUUAGAGAAGGGCGAGCGUUUGCCCCAGCCUCCCAUCUGCACCAUAGAUGUCUACAUGGUCAUGGUGAAAUGCUGGAUGAUUGAUGCUGAUAGUCGGCCUAGAUUUAAAGAACUUGCUGCAGAGUUCAGCCGCAUGGCAAGAGACCCUCAGAGAUACCUCGUCAUACAAGGAGAUGAUCGCAUGAAGCUGCCCAGCCCCAACCACAGUAAGUUCUUCCAGAGUCUUCUAGAUGAGAAGGAGCUGGAUGACCUGAUGGAUGCUGAGGAGUACUUGGUUCCUCAUUCCUUAAAUGCCCCUUCCACUUCCCAUACGUCCCGCCCACAUGUAGACUCGAAUCAAAACCAGUUUGGGUAUCAUGAUGGAACUUUGUGCACUGAGGAGGUGACAGGUGCCCGGUCUCGUGAGGUAGCUGCUGCAGGAAGUGGCCCUUCUGUCCCUACAAGUGUUCAGAGAGCAGGUCUCGACUCAGCAGAGGAGCAGCAAUGCAAUGGAAACUUGAAGAAAACGAGCACAACUCACUCAGUGGAGGACAGCAGUGGACAGCGCUACAGUGCAGACCCCACUGUCCUGCUGGGAGAAAGAGGACAGAGGGGGGACACAGAUGAGGAUGGCUAUAUGUCCCCAAUGAAGGACAAGAGCUCCACAAAUCAUUUGAAUCCCGUUGAGGAGAAUCCAUUUGUAGCGAGACGUAAAAAUAAAGACGUCCAUGCACUAGACAACCCAGGUUACCACAGCACCCCUGAUGGAAAGCCCAAGUGCGAAGAUGAGUACAUUAACAACCCCCUUUACCUCAACACAUUCAACAACACCAGCGGCAUGAGAAAAAAUGGAGUUUCCAUCCCCAAGAUGUACAAGAAUACCUUCGACAAUCCUGAGUAUUGGCAGCACAGCCUUCCACCCAAGGUUACCCCUCAGAACUCCCAAGACUCUUCAAUUGUCUGCAAUAACAAGUUCCCCUACAAGCAGAAUGGGCAACAACAGCCUGCUGUGGCUGAAAACCCAGAGUACCUGUCUGAGUCUGGUGUAAAGCAGGGAACAGUCCUGCCUCCUCCUCCAUACCGGCAGAGGAACACUGUGGUCUAACAUCCAGGUCUCCAUGCUCUGUAGAGCCUGUUUCUUCUACCAGCACCUUAACUUUAAAUGUCUUUACUUGAUCAUAUGUUGGUGAAACAGGACAAGUAGUAAUGUAAGCCACUGAAUGCACAAUACAUCACAUUAUGCUCAUAACAGAGGGCAUAAAAACCACAAAAACGGCGGGAAAGGUGGAUCCAGCCAUUGCUCCAAGUCCAUUCAAACACCAUUUCUGUAACCCAGAGAUGUUUCUCUACAUUUAUUCUAAAGUAUUGCCCACACUUGAUGGCACACAUUCAAAUAUAGAAAUUAAAGGAAUGUUGCUGGUUAAAUACAAGUUAAGCUCAAUCGACAGCAUUUGUGGCACAAUGUUGAUUACCACCAAAAAUAAUUUCAACUCAUCCCUCGAAGUUUCAGUAAGGCACUUACUAUUGAAGUGAAAGG